AUGUCUCUUUCAAGAUAUAUUUUACCUUUUCUACUCGCAUCGAGCCUCGCUGCCGGCGCCACCAAAGAUCCCUGCGAUGGGACCAAGACUCCCAUCGUCAUCUCAAAGCAAUCUGACGCCGAUGCCCUUGAGAGCUGCACCACAAUCAAAGGAGAUGUCACAAUCGAUUCGUCUGCAGAAGGCAGCCUCGACAUUCACGGCGUCCAGAUGAUCACAGGCGACCUGGUUGCGGACGGCGCGCGAAAUCUGCACACACUGAGCGCAUCUUUGCUCUCGUCUAUCGGCGGAACAUUUAAACUCAACAAUCUUGUCUUUUUCACAGCUCUUGCAAUGGAUUCUCUGAGCGACACGGGUAGUCUCAACUUUACCAUGUUACCCAACCUGGGAGCGCUCACUUUCUACAGCCAGGUUCGCAGUACUGGCUCCAUCUCUAUUGUUGACACCGGUUUGGACUCUCUCAAGGGCAUUCAGGUCGAUACUGUCGGAGAUUUUACCGUGACCGGCAAUGACCGAUUGAUUAAUUUUACCAUGGAUACCAUCGCCAAUUUGACGGGGACUUUCUACGUAUCCGGGGCUAUGACUGACGUAUCGGUCAACUUUCCUAAUCUCGUUACUGCAACAGAUCUCACAUUUGUUGAUGUGCAAUCGAUCUCGCUCCCGUCUCUGGCCACUGUUACCGAUAAUUUAAACGUGACAAGUCCAUAUAUAAGCAACUUUUCUGCACCUAACAUGAUCACGGGCGGAUCUGUCAGCUUUCAGCACGGUGAUAAAUUGAACAACAUAUCAAUGCCGGAGCUGAAGACUCUCUCGGAGGAUCUGGUCAUAUCCGGAAACGGCUUAUUGGGGCACAUAAACGGCUUUCCCAAACUUUCCAAAAUUCAGGGUGACUUGACAGUUGUUGGGAACUAUACCGACCUGUCUUUCCCUGCACUUGAUACGGUUAACGGCGAGAUCAAUGCUACAAGCAAGUAUGCCAUUGAUUGUAAUGCUUUUGACAACCUCAGAAAUAACGGCGGGAUUAAAAACUGGUACUCUUGUACGCCGGGCUCGAAAAUGAUUCCGCCUUCAGCGACUAGUAGCAGUACCUCUUCAGCCACUUCCAUGCCUACGGAUACUGCUCACGGUGAUUCUUCGUCCUCUCCGUCUUCUUCGUCUACGGAAUCCUCGUCGCUAGCGGCGGCUACAUCAUCAUCAUCAUCGUCUUCUUCUUCAACUCAGACAAAAAUCGGCGUCGGGGUGGGCGUCCCCCUGGGCGUCAUCGCCAUCGGCCUUGGUUUCUUCUUCUGGAGACUUCGUAAUAAGAGACGGCACCACGCCAAUGUAUUCGCGACCGAAAACAUGUCCGACUCCAGCCAGAACCAAAACCCGUGGAUGACCAUAGGAAAAUCCCACGAACUCGACACUCCACAGGAGAGAAACCCUCCACGAAGUUUUCCGUCAGUGGAAGCACCGACACCUGCGCCUCCGAUCCAGCUCCCUACGAGCAACUGGGUCCAGGAGCUUCCUGGGGACGUACCGAAGGCGUCGUUUAGGGCUUGA